AUGCAGCUCCAGGCCUCCUUCUCCUUCCUUCUGAUCCUCACCUUCUGCCAAGAGCUUCACUAUGCAUCAAGAAAAGAUGCAGUUAAGAGUCCCUUCCCGGCUCUAUGCAAACUCCCCUUGGAUAAGGGUGAGUGUCGAGCUGCCUUCAGGAGACGGUUUUACAACUUCGAAGCCGGUAAAUGUGAGCUGUUCCGCUAUGGAGGCUGCAAAGGCAACACCAACAACUUUCUGAGCAAAGUGAAAUGUGAGAAAGUCUGCAAAGUCACGUGA